UAUACACACAGUCUUGGCAUCUCCUCGUAGCCGCUUAAACUCACCGUCGGUUUCGACCAGUUCAGCCCGGCCCGUCGACCCCUUUGCACGACCGCUGCGUGCGUUCAUUCGUCGCCGUUUGCGUUUCGAGUUCGUACUGUAAUCGCUUGCAAUAAUUAUUUCGAAAUGUUUUAGAUUUUCUCAGCAGUUAAAAAACGAUAAAUUAAUUUUCAUUUUACAACUAUUACAUUUUGAGUGUCACUCUAAACUAUUUGCACUUGUGUUGUGAAAAAAUCGCAGAUAUUCAGAUUCAAAAGGAUUUCUUGAUAAAGUUCAACCAAAAAACAAUCGCCCAAAAUUGGUUGGGCUCGCAAUGGACUUGUUCGCCUUCAGUCGAUCCAACGACGUGUGACAACUAACGCAAGCUACCCGUGAAUCUUAACAACGAUCAUGUUUAAAACUACAACUGCGGUAUGGGUAGCUACCGCUGUAAUGGCGGUGGUAGUAGUUAUUAACGCUCAUUGUCCAUCUAACUGCUCAUGCGACGAUGAUACGCUGGUAGUUUACUGCAAAGAGGUCAAUCUAGAUGUCAUCCCUAUCACGUUAAACCCAUCCAUUCAGCGUCUGGUGUUAAUGCAUAAUCGAAUAAAAAUUGUGGACGCCUCGUUCCAAUUUUAUGGAGCACUACAGUACGUAGACAUAUCGCACAAUCAUCUGGUGAACAUACCCAACAAGGGUUUCGAAGCUCAAGAGAAGCUCAUUGAACUCCACCUAAACCAUAACAAAAUCUCAUCCAUCAAUAAUAAGACUUUUAUUGGGCUUGUCUCACUCACUAUAUUAAAUUUACGUGGAAACUAUCUGGAAGAUUUACCUGACAGGCUAUUUGCAGCUCUGACUAAACUAGAAGAACUGGAUUUGGGCGAGAAUCGAAUUUCUCGCAUCGACCCCGCUGCUUUUCAGGGCCUUAACAAGCUACGAGUAUUAUAUUUGGACGAUAAUCAACUCAGAGCAGUACCUACACCCGCUUUUAAAUUUCUCGGUAAUCUAGCUGAAAUGCGCAUAGGUCUAAAUGCUUUUACUACUUUAGACAACGACUGUUUUUCUGGACUUGGCCGCCUAUCUGUUUUAGAUCUCACCGGCGCAGCACUGAUUAAUAUAAGCAGCAAUGCAUUUAAAGGUCUUACCGUUCUUCGGCGAUUAGUGCUUACAGAUAAUCGUUUAACGGCUAUACCAACCCGGCAACUUUCUGAACUUAAUCGUCUUGAAGAAUUGUCAAUCGGACAAAACGACUUCACCGCGAUCGAACCAAAUGCAUUCAAAGGUUUAGCAAAUUUGCGAUCAGUAGACAUCUCCGGCGCAGCUCAACUUUCUAUUAUAAAAACAGGUUUAUUCACUGAUAAUUUAAAUUUGGAAACUAUCAAUUUUAGUAGUAACAAGCAAUUGUCAACAGUAGAGAAUGGUGCCUUUAUCGGACUACCUAACUUAAGAAAUUUAAUAAUGCGCAACAAUGCUUUUACAUCGUUUUCCGAAUCAAUGAUCACUUGGCAAGAACUGCAACAAAUUGAUCUAACAGAAAACCCGAUAAUAUGUGAGUGCUCAGUGCUUUGGCUCAAGGAACUUUUGAUCAGACGUAACACCAGUCAAGUGCUGUGCGCCGGUCCCGCGCCGCUCAAGGGCAAAUCGCUCAAUUAUCUGGGUUCCGACGACCUAUCGUGUGCUAAGUUUUACACCAAGCAACAAGCCAUCGUAGGUGCCGUUUUUGGAUGCACAGUUGCCUUCAUAGCAGUUGCAAUGCUUCUGGCAUACCGUUUCCGAAAGCGGCUGCAUCACUCGUUGAAAAAAACCUUCUGGUCUAAAGAGACAGCCGUCAACCGUAAAGAUCUAGAAUACCAAAAAACUUUUUCGGACGAAGAGUACAUAGUGAGGAAUUCCACUAUUCAUCACAACACUCAACAUAGACCACCGUUCGCCAGUGGUGUAAGUACCACCGGAGAUCGUCGACAUCACCGUCAUCUCCACCAUGGCCUACAAUCACACCAACACUUGCAAGCUAAUCAACACAUUUACCAAACACCUCACCAGCUGCAUGGUGGUCACACACUGCAGCCUUACCACCACCACAAUCACCACCAACAACAGCAAAACUUAUACCACCAACAGUUACAACAACAACAACAAUUCUACCACCAGCAGAACACGUUACCACACCGUAACGAUAAACCAAUACCAGUGACGGAACUAUAGCUAGAACUUUUCGCCUCGACGCCGGCCGAACAGGCCGCCGCCGACAGGCGAUUGUUCCGAGGUGGUUCCUCGUCGGAUGGAACUACUAGCGUUACUGGUUUUUCGUACAUUUCCGGCGAAAUUUGUAAAUACAAUAACGGCGUCCAAACCCUGAGCCACCCAAACGGCCAUCAGAGAUCUCUACAACAUGAAAAUUCGCCCGAUUAUCGGGUUUACCAUCCGCACUCGUUGAGACGUUUUUGUGAUUCUUAAAAUGUUAAGACCUUCCCCCUACUCUACCCCAAGUUCCUCCAACUACAAAUUUCACUUUUUUUCUUAAAAAUAGGUUUAAAAUUGUAACUAUUAUUAACGCAUUUUAAUAAUAACAAUUUAAAACAUGUAAAUAUAUAUAUUUGUAUGAUUGAUGUAAAAAAGUAAUAAUUUAAAGCGAAAGAUAGAUUGCACGAUUACAAGUGGUCACGGAUGGAUUUUGGUCGAUAAGUAACAUUUUAAGCAAAACAAUAGAAGUGUGUAAGGUUUUACAUCGUUCGUCUUGCUAGUCGUGCAAAGGUUUUUCGCGUUGUUAUCGUGUGUUAAAUUAUAAUACAUAGUAACGAUUUCUAAGCUGUUGAAAAAAAGACUGUUUUAAAUGUAUUUUAUAUAUUAAUGUAUUAUGGUAAAAUACGGUAUUUUAUAUUAAAAGAACUCGACGAAUACGUUUUUUUUCUUUUUGUUUUGUUUGUCAAACAAGUCUAGUCUUAGAGUAUGUUAAUAUUUUUGUUAUUUUUAAUAUUACUAUAUGUGCACAAAUUGUAAUGUAUAUUUUAAUCAUAUUAAUUAAAAAGUGUAUUUUUGCUAUUUUUGUAUCGUGUCGUCGUCUCUUUUGAUAAUGUUAGAGAAAACAUUUAUUUAAGCUCAUUGUCGGCCACACCAUUGCAGCUUAGAAAUCGUUAGUGGUUCUCUACUUUUUUCGUUUUUUUGUACACUUACUGUCAUUACAAAUAUUAUUAUUAUAAUUAAUAUAGCCACGUAUUAUUAUAAUAUAUUAUACAUAAUAUUGUCUUGUUUAUUGGAAGAAAAUAAUUAAAACAUUUUGUGAAUACAUGUAA